AUGUCCCUCUCCGUCGAAGAUGGUAUUGACGAGUCGACGGCAAAGGAGCUGCAGAACAGGAGAGCCCUUCGCAAGGUGUCCGCGGUGACGGCCACGUACCUCAUUUUGACCGAUAUCCUUGGUCCCUUUUCCACUCCCUAUGGAUUCCGCGAGCUCGGCUACGCUCCCGGCACGCUCCUCUACUUUUUCCUCGCCAUCGCUGCCUGGUACUGCGGCAACCUCCUCUCCGUCCUAUACCUGCGUCUGGACAGCGACCGUCUACCCGUUCGCAACUACGGCCAGUUGACUGGACGCAUCUUCGGCGCCCCGGGCCGUGCGCUCAGCGAUGUUCUCAUGAUCAUCCAGCUCGUCGUCAACUGCGGGACAAUCCUACUCUCCAACGCCCAGUCCAUGGCGCAGAUCAUCGACAAUGCGCCGGGCAACCACCACCUGUGCUUCGUCGUCGUCAUUCUCAUCUUCCUCAUCAUCAGCUUGCUCCUGAGCCCCGUUCGCUCGCUCAGAGGCGUCGGAUUCUUCUCCAACGUAUCCGUCUUCCUCAAUGUCGUCCUCAUCUUUGCCACUAUCGGAUUCGUCACCACCUCGCCCCCGAACUACGAGGCGGCCAAGGCGUCGUAUGGCAUCGACAGGGCGCCCGUCAUGGCCGUCGCCUUUGUCCAACAGGCGCUCGAGGCCAAGGUCAACGGUGUCAUGAACCUCGUCUUUAGCUACGGUGGUGCAAUGGUGUUCGUCGAUUUCCUCAGCGAGAUGAAGCGCCCCUGGGACUUUUGGAAGGCCAUGUCCUUUGCGCAGACGUUCAUCUUCUGCCUGUACAUCCUCAUCGGCCUGGUCGUCUACAGCCAGCAGGGCCAGUUCACGCAAAGUCUCGCGUACUACGGCGUCUCACCUUACAGCAUGCAGACGUUCGGUAACGUCGUCGGCUUCACCACGGGCACGAUUGCCGCACUGCUCUACGGCAACAUCGCCGUCAAGCUCUGCUACUCGACCAUCGUCGAGCGCUGGUGCAAAGGCCCCGCUCUCAUGACACAGCGCGGCUGGGCCUUCUGGGGCCUCUGCAACGCCGUGUUCUGGCCCCUCGCCUUUGUCAUCGGAGGCGCCAUUCCCCAGAUCCAGACGAUCGCCGGAAUCGUCGCCGCCGUCUGCAUUCUUCAAUUCUCCUACACGUUCCCCUUCCUCCUCAAGUGGGGAAUGGACAUGCAGAUCUUGGCCAUGGCAGAGGACGAGGCGUACACACCUGGCACCACGCCGAGGAGAAGAGACGGGUGGACCAGCGUGAGCCGCUGGCGUCGUGCACUGUUCACUGGCUCGCUCAAGCAGCAGGUCAUGAACUGGGCGCAUCUCGUGCUCUUCUUGGCGAGCUUGUCCAUGGCUUGCCUGGGUAUGUGGGGAAGUGGGCUAUCCAUCAAGGAGACGUUCGCCGUUGCGCAAGCGACGUCCUUCGGCUGCGCAAGUCCUGGAUCGUAG